GCAGCCAUGAGUAGUCGGGAGGUGGUCGUUCUGAGUGUGGGAGGUGUGAGGUUUGUAACCCGGGCUUCCACCUUGCAGCAGUUCCCCGAGUCCAGGCUGGCACGCAUGGUGAGUGACGAUGACCAGGAAUUUAAACUGGUGAAUGGAGAGUUUUUUGUGGACAGAGAUGGAGCUUUGUUUAGUUACAUCAUGGACUUCUUGAGGACUCUCCAGGUUUCCUUACCAACUGAUUUCUCAGACUAUCAGAGGCUGCAGAGAGAAGCAGAAUUCUAUGGACUCUACCCCCUGGCCAACCUCCUGAGCCAAGAACAUUUGCUGAAGCCAAGGCUGGAGAUCUUGGAAGUGCGUUUUUCUCUCCAAGAAAUGCAGGCCUUUUUCCGGAUCUUUGGUUCCUGCAGUACCACCAUUGAGGCACUAGCUGAGCAGAUCACUGUGUUUACAGGGCAGCAGUCAGGACAGGGCUGGAACAGCCCUUUUCCUUCCCAGAAACCACUCGUUCCACUUCCUUUGGAAAGACCCUCUCAUCAUGAUAUGGUUUUUCUGUGUGGGACUGAGUAUUCUGCUGGUGACCAGUUCGUGGCCAGGUAUGUUUCCAUAAAGCCUGAUAAGAGAAAGCUGAUUAAUGGUACUAACGUGCUAGGCCUGCUGCUUGACACUUUGCUCAAAGAUGGAUUUCGCCUCAUAAGCACCAGGACAGUCCCCAGUGAAGAGAAGGCUGAAUGCUACACUUUUGAAAGGAUGAAGAGGGCAGCAGGCCUUGCCAUCAUGGUGAACCAAACCCCAGGGAGCUCUGGGGUAGCACAGGCAAGGAGAAGCCAAGUACAGAAAGGGAAAUAAGGGCUUUUCCUUCCAUCUUUUGAAUGUAGAAGAGGGAUGUGUCAGCACUAGUGACCUUUUCUUUUUGUUGUUUUGGCAUGCUUGAAACUGCAGCUAUUGAGGGAAGUAACAAAUACAUUUUCUUUCAAGUAUUUAGGGGGAAAAAUUGUUUUCUUGCCUUUUAUCGCUGUACCUUCUUUAAGUAAAAGAAACCCAGAUUCAGUACUGGGUUUGUGGACCAGAUUUCAGCAAUUCCAAGAGUUGUUUUUGUUUUUUCUCUGUGGCUAAAAUU